GAACUAUUGGCUGCUCCAUGACACGCUUUACUUCCACGUUCCUCAGUUCCUAUGGAAGCCUAUGGGAGUGUCGCAAGUCUGUUUCUCAACGGCUCUGAGAAUACCCAUAUUACUUUGAAAACAAAUAAAAACCGAAAAAUAAAUAAACCGAAAUGAGUUAAAAUCCUUUGUAAAUAAGAUAAGAUUGUGGGAUAAUCUAUGUAGUGAAACUACAUGCCAAUAUUUUACAUGGUUUGAUUCCUGAUUAUUUUUUUUGUUGAGUCAGUAGAAUAAAUGCAAUGCUAGUUGGGAGUCCAAGGGUGUUUGUGUGCUUUUUACUCGCGUUAUAAACUAUGGAACACGACAAAGAUAAAGAUAUUGCUAACCUUAAAUUGCAACUGCUCUAUUUACUUUCUAAAGUGUCAAAUUAAGAAGAAAAGACAAAUCCAAAGACGCUUAUAAUAACUGGAUCUGGUAACACGGUGCGCCCGCGCCCUCACUCACAACUCUCUCAAACCUUGUUCACUCCGCCAGCGUCUGGCUGCAAUCAUUUUCAUACCACGGGCACUAAACAUUCUUGCAAACUGUCUAAACUUAAUUAUACAUGCAGACACUUAUAUGAGGAGCUUUAAACAGCAGAUUAGUCAUUUAGAGAACAAAUUUUAUUUUUGAACAUGAAAAAUUUGUGACCUCAUAGGCCCUGUCCCAAAUGGCACCCUACGUUCUCGUGGAUUUAACGGACACGCGCACAUGGCGGCCACGUGUAAGUCCAUAAGACCAAGUGCACAUGAAAUGUUCCAGCUGGGACAGGGCCAUAGCUGGCUACGGGCAUGGAUGUGUCCAUAGCAAAUGGAAAUUUACCUUAAUAAAGCUUUGAAAAGUAAAGUGUGAAAUUAUUUAAUGUAAAUAAAUGAAGCCACCAUUAAUCACUUAACAAUUACUGAAUGAUUUAUAGUCUACUAAUUCAUAUAAUCAGUUUUCUUUUAGUCUCGGUCAACCGACAAGCAGCUGGAAUGGACUGCCCCAGUGAGGAGGAAGAAUUUGCAGAUGCUAGUGAAUACCCUGAAGACGAACAACAAGCAUUUACUUCAGGAGCACAUGCUGUUGAGUCAUAUCAAAAGGAAGAUGUUUCCAAGUUACAAGAUAUCCCUGCUCCAAAUGAAAUUUUAGUGCAGCUUAUUGGUACCAGUUCUGUUAUUCUUGCUUGGGAUAGUCCAGACAACAUAUCUACAUUUGAGUUGACCUACUACAGUCUCACAUCUACAAAUACCUCUACUAUCACAAAUGCCUCAACCAUAGAGGUGGAAGAUCUGUGUCCAGGGACUGAGUACACUUUCAACCUUGUUUCAGUAUCAGACAAUGGAGAAUGCAGUGUGGGAGUUAAAGUGACUGCGUGCACCAGGCCAGUACCACCAGAAAACGUCAAGGUUGAGAGUGUGGGCCCUGUCCCAAAUGGCACCCUACGUUCUCAUGGAUUUAACGGACACGCGCACAUGGCGGCCACGUGUAAGUCCAUAAGACCAAGUGCACAUGAAAUGUUCCAGUUGGGACAGGGCCAUAGCUGGCUACGGGCAUGGACGUGUCCAUAG